AUGACGAGCGGCAGAGGCCUAUCGCACCGCGCAGCAUGUUUUGAGGCAGUGCGAGGAAGUCCUACAGCAAAUCCAGACAAUGAUCAAAGAAUCAGAUUGUCCAGGGAAAUCACGAUGGCAACAAGCGACAAGCAAGUUAUGGAACGUUCUCAAGGAGUCCAAUGUGACUCUGCUGGGGAGUAA